UUUCAAGUUAAGUUAUAUAAAUAGAGUGCUUUAGAGAGAGCAAGAAAAUUGUAAUACCGGACACCAUGGAAAAGAGAGAAGCUUCAUCAAGUUCUUUUACCAAGUCUUCUAAGUCUCAUCCAAAAUUGCCAAAUGAAAAAAAUAAGGACUACUCGAAAAUUAUUAUACGAGAAUUUGAGAACUGGUCCAAUCAUCACACAAUCUUUAGAGUCCCGAAAAUGUUUCGAGACAUAGACGAAAAAGCUUACACUCCUCAGCUAGUUUCCAUUGGCCCUUUUCAUUAUGGCGAAAAAAGCUUGGAGGGAAUGCAAUCUCACAAGGAAAAUUAUUAUUUCAAAAAGUUCCUUGACCGAACCGAAAAGAGUGAAGAUGAUCUCUCAAACUUCAUUAAGCAAAGGUUUGAUGUUGAGAUUCUUCCUAAAUAUGCUGGUUUUAUAGAACUUGAUCUCAAUGAAUUUGUGCAUAUUAUUCUCAUUGAUGCUUGCUUCAUAUUUGAGCUCUUAUGCUCUUGUUGGAAAAAAGAUGAAAUGGACAAUGAUUACAUAUUGAGAACUCCAUUGUUUUUUGGAACAAUAAAACUUGACUUAAUGAUGCUUGAGAAUCAAAUUCCAUUCUUUUUUCUUGAUGAGCUAUAUGAAUUUUCUAGGCCAUUAAAUUAUCCUCCCACUCCUUCAUCUAACCCUAAUCCUACUCCAAGUUGUGAUCUAAAAUUAGAGAUAUCAUCAAGUGAUGAUCAUGUAGUGCCAUCAUUUAUGAAUCUUUCCCUUUGUUUCUUUGGUCUUAAUUUUAAUACCUUCCUUGACAAAACCGCCGUAAAACACUUCACUGACUUGCAUAGAAGGUCUUGGAUUCCGAUAAAAGAAGAUUAUUAUUAUUCGAAAACAAUUGAUAAUAACAAAGAAAAUGUCACCACUACUCUCUUUUAUGCGACAAAAUUAGACCAAGCAGGUAUUGAUUUCGCUCCACCACCACCAAAACAAGACGCGGUUGUUAAGGUGUAUUUGCAUGAAAGAUGGUAUACUAAAUUCUUGCCAUUUCUUAGUUCUUGCAAGCUUCAACUUCCGGUGUUGAAAAUACAAGAUAAUACACAAAAUAUUAUGCGAAACAUAAUCGCGAUGGAGCAAUGUCUACCUGAUUCGGGAAAAAAGACACCAUUUUGCAAUUAUGUCUCGCUAAUAAAUAAGCUCAUUAAUACUGAGGAAGAUGUAGCCCUUUUGAUCGAGAAGAAUGUCAUCGAAAACCAUCUUGGAAGUACUAUAUGUGCGACUGACAUGAUCAACAAUCUUUGUCAAAAUAUGACCCUUGCAACAUUUAUGUACUCUAAAGAAUACUAUGACAUAAACAAGUUCUAUAAUGUUUGGUACAAUCGUGCUAAGGCAACUCUCAUAAGGAUUUACUUUAACGAUGUUUGGACAACAAGUUCAACUUUUGUUGCAGUUAUGAUCGUCAUCUUCACAACAAUUUCAACCAUUGAUUCGAUUUGGUCGUUACUUGAAAAGUAACCUAGCUAAAUCACUUUUGCUCAUUAUAAAAUUAGAGCAUUAAUUUUUAUUCUUGUAAAUUGUUGAAAAGAAAAAAACUAUUAGCUAUAUGUGUUUGCUUUAUUUUUCAUUAUAAUCAGAUUGUGCUACUUAUAUGUAUCCGUCUUAAUUUGUUUGUCAAAAUUAGUACCCUUUUUUAGACGUUGAAUGUACUUGAGUUUGGCAACUAUUUUAUUCUGUUCUUGAGUUUGGAGUUUUCGUUUCUUAUCACAAUGCUCUUUGUUUUGAAAAAAAAAAUAAUAAAAAUAGUGGUAAAUAUAUAACGUCCCUGCUUCCAAUUUUUAUUGGGCCCUUACCUACAAAGUAACACGAGUGUUUUCAGCGUGCUUACUGUGGAAUUCUUUCAUGAUGAGCUACCAAAAAAUAAGAUGUACAUUGUUGAUAUAGAAAGUACCAAUCAAUUCAUUUAAACCAUCUGAUUAACUAUAUAUAGUCUCAUUUAAGCCCUCUUCAACUACACGGUCUCAGAAUCAUGACACUUGACAUUUUCCAAGCGGUGUGAAAUUGUACAACUUACCGGAUA